AUGAUCACGAAUCUCCCCGAGCAAAUGACAACACCAAAUCCUGAUCACGAGCACUUCUUCCGUUAUACGAGUGGACGAUGGCUCUGGGAUGAAGAACAGCAGCUCAGGGACAGGUAUAAGGCCUUUAACGUUGCUGAGCUCCAAAGCCUCGCGGCCAAAGUCGUUCGAUCAGACAGCUGCAUCUCCAUAACGAAGCUGGCCGAGGGAGGAUAUAACAAGGUCUUCCGUUUGAUCAUGAAUGAUGGAAAAAGAGUGCUUGCUCGUAUACCAAACCCAAAUGCCGGCCCAGCGUUCUAUUCGACCGCUUCCGAAGUCGCGACCAUGGAGCUUGCUCGAGAUUUCCUUCAAAUUCCUGUGCCCCGAAUCUUUGAUUGGAGUGCCACAUCAAAUAACGCCGUUGGCUCGGAAUACAUCAUUAUGGAAGAAGCAUCUGGCACACAGCUUGGAGACAUCUGGGAUCAGCUGAGUCCGGACAAAAAACUUUCCAUUAUGAGGGAAAUAGUGACUAUCGAGUCAAAGAUGCUUGCGGUGUCGUUUUCGCACUUUGGCAGCAUAUAUUUCGCGAAAGAUGCAGUGGAAGGCGCAGUUCCAGCCCUGCUCACCAACGAAGCUUCCUCCGAACUCAGAGAGCGAGUAUACAAGAAAUUUAGUAUUGGUCCUACCGUCGACCGAAACUUCUGGAAGAAGGAACGCUUGUCGAUGCAGAUCUCGCGUGGUCCUUGGCGGACGCCCCAAGAAUAUGCGCUAAGUGUUGGCUGGCGUGAAUUAGAGUGGAUCAAAAAUUUUGCCGUUUCGAAAGCACCAAGCGAAGCUACCCUAAUUUCUUCGGCCCAAAACAGUCCACAAGCACAUCUGCAGCUUUUGGAGAAGUAUCUUAAAGUGGCUCCUACUAUUCUGGACAUUGACCCUGUUCUCACUCGCCCUACAUUGUGGCACGGAGACCUUCAUUCAUCUAAUCUCUUUGUGGAUGAUGGCCAUAUAACUGCUACCAUUGAUUGGCAAGGCUCGUGGGCAGGUCCACUCUUUCUUCAAUCCCAAACCUCUCCGAUCGUGGACUACCCAGGCAGCAUUCCACUUCAACGCCCAGACAAUUUUGACGAUCUGGGCCCUGAGCAGCAAGCUGAAAUCAAGCAGCAGAUAUUCAAAUCGACGCUAUAUCAGCUAUAUCUGCUGGAGACCACAGAGCGCAACCCCCUUCUUGCCAAAGCGUUCCAUCUAGACCAUGGGAAGACAAGGCGUCUUCCGGUCGAAUUUGCCGGAAACACAUGGGAUGAUGACAUAGUCUCUUUCCGUGAGGCACUUAUUAACGUUGAAAGGUAG